GCUCACAGACGCAGCUCCCCCCAACGGGAAUAAUUAAACUAGUAGAAGAUGAGAGUGAACGAGCGCAGCCGGUAAACGGUCCGGUUGAUUCAAUCUCCGAGCAUCACAACCGCAGCUGCAUCUACAUGUGGCGGAGGGGAGACAAGCAUUGAAAGGGUAAGGCAGAACAGGAACAAAAUACCUCACCAGGAACAUGGGCCAAUCUGGGACUUCAUCUUAUUUUUCUCUCGCUCUCAAACUCAGCUUCUUUCUCUCCAUUUUUUCUCACGAGCUCACGCCAGCCGCUGGAGGCAGCUCCAAAUCGAGUUUGGAUACAGACGCAUCUCCUAAUGAAACUUCUCUGCCUGAGACAUGUGGUGGUAGUUUUGAGUGCAAAGAAGGGGUGAUUUUCCCAAUGUGGACACCAAAGAACCCAUCCUUUGGAGACAAGAUGGCCAGAGCCACUGUGUAUUUUGUCAGUAUGCUCUACAUGUUCCUGGGGGUGUCCAUCAUCGCAGACCGCUUCAUGGCUUCCAUUGAGGUCAUCACAUCCCAGGAGAAAGUAAUCACCAUCAAGAAGCCCAACGGUGAAUCCACAACCACUACUGUUCGUGUAUGGAACGAAACAGUCUCUAAUCUUACCCUCAUGGCUCUGGGUUCGUCAGCCCCAGAGAUUUUGCUUUCCGUGGUUGAAGUGUGUGGGCACAACUUUGAAGCAGGCGAGCUGGGCCCAAACACCAUCGUUGGAAGUGCAGCUUUUAACAUGUUUGUCAUCAUUGGACUCUGUGUCUCCGUAGUACCAGAAGGAGAGCAUCGGAAGGUCAAGCACCUGAGGGUGUUCUUCGUCACGGCCACUUGGAGUGUCUUUGCGUAUAUUUGGCUAUAUCUGAUCCUGGCGGUGAUUUCUCCAGGUAUCGUGGAGAUCUGGGAAAGCCUCCUCACUCUCUUCUUCUUUCCGAUUUGUGUCCUGUUAGCUUGGGUUGCUGACCGCAGACUUCUCUUCUACAAGUAUGUAUACAAACGGUACAGAGUAGGAAAACAAAGAGGAAUGAUCAUUGAGACAGAAGGUGAGCCAGAGCUGCAGUUGAAUGCCAAUAUCAAAAUGGACGGCGGGAUGCUUAACUCUCCUGGUGAGGAAUUCUUAUACGGCACAGUGGAUAUUGAAGAAAAAGACAUGGAUGAGGAAGAGGCUAGAAGAGAAAUGGCCAGGAUUUUGAAGGGAUUGAAACAAAAGCAUCCAGAUAAAGAGAUGGAGCAGCUGAUCGAACUCGCCAACUAUCAAUUCCUCAGCCAGCAACAGAAGAGUCGUGCAUUUUACCGCUGUCAGGCAACCAGGCUUAUGACUGGUGCUGGAAAUAUUCUCAAGAAGCAUGCUGCAGACCAAGCCAGGAAAGCGCUUGGCGUCCACGAUCUUCGCUCGGAAGUUUCUGAUAACGAUAUUUUUUCCAAGAUCUUCUUUGACCCCGGCACAUAUCAGUGUCUUGAGAACUGCGGAAGUGUAGCAUUGAAUGUGGUACGACGUGGCGGCGACUUGACGAGCACCGUGGCGGUGGAUUACCACACUGUGGAUGGCACCGCCAAUGCAGGCUCUGAUUACCAGUUCACUGAGGGUGUUGUAGUCUUCAAACCAGGCGAGACUGAAAAGGAGAUCCGAGUGGACAUUAUUGACGAUGACAUUUUCGAAGAAGAUGAACACUUCUUGGUCCAUCUCAGCAAUGUCAAGGUCAUAUCUGAAGGAACGGACAAUGGGAACACAUGCGUCAAUCAUCUGGAGAUAUUAGCCGGUCUUGGCCUUCCCUCCACAGCUACUGUGACUAUAUUUGAUGAUGACCAUGCUGGCACCUUCACAUUUGAGGAAUCAAUGAUUCAUGUCAGUGAAAGCAUUGGUAUGAUGGAGGUGAAGGUGGUGCGCACUUCUGGGGCUCGUGGAGUAGUUGUUGUCCCCUAUAAAACCAUUGAAGGCACAGCAAAAGGUGGAGGAGAGGACUUUGAAGAUACCCAUGGAGUCUUGGAGUUCCAGAAUGAUGAGAUUUCCAAAACUAUUACGAUCAAUAUAAUCGAUGACGAGGAGUAUGAAAAGAAUAAGAACUUCUUCCUGGAGAUUGGAGAGCCACAAUUGGUGGAAAUGAGUGAGAGAAAAGCUAUGUUGCUGCUUGAGUGUGGUGGCUUCGUAAACACAGGCAAGGAUGUGUACCGGAAAGUGCAAGGUAGAGACAAACCAAUCCCCUCCACCAUUAUCAGCAUCACAGAGGAUGGGGAAGAGCAGACCUUGACCAAAAAAGAGGAGGAUGAGAGGCGCAUUGCUGAGAUGGGUCGGCCCACGCUGGGUGGAAAUGUCAAACUUGAAGUUAUCAUUGAAGAGUCCUAUGAGUUUAAGAGCACAGUUGACAAACUCAUCAAGAAGACCAACUUGGCCCUUUUGGUCGGAACCAACAGUUGGAGAGACCAGUUUGUGGAAGCCAUCACUGUCAGCUCAGGUGAAGACGAUGAUGAGGAGUGUGGUGAAGGAAAGAUGCCAUCUUGCUUUGAUUACGUCAUGCACUUCCUCACUGUGUUCUGGAAGGUUCUGUUUGCUUUCGUGCCUCCCACCGAUUACUGGAACGGCUGGGCGUGUUUCAUCGUGUCCAUCAUCAUGAUCGGCGUCCUCACUGCCUUUAUUGGAGACCUGGCAUCCCACUUCGGAUGUACUGUCGGUCUGAAAGACUCUGUGACUGCUGUCGUGUUUGUGGCUCUGGGAACAUCAGUACCAGACACAUUUGCUAGUAAGGUGGCAGCCAUCCAGGACCAGUACGCUGACGCCUCCAUCGGCAAUGUGACGGGCAGCAACGCUGUGAACGUCUUCUUGGGCAUCGGGGUGGCGUGGUCCAUCGCUGCCAUCUUUCACCAGGCGAAGGGCCAGUACUUUCGUGUAGAUCCCGGCACGCUCGCUUUCUCCGUUACCCUUUUCACCAUAUUUGCCUUCAUCUGCAUCACCGUCCUCAUGUACCGCCGCAGACCAGAGAUUGGGGGGGAACUGGGUGGACCGCGGACUCCUAAAAUCCUCACCACCACUUUGUUUUUUAGCCUCUGGCUGAUGUACAUUGUUUUCUCCUCCUUGGAGGCCUAUUGCAUCAUCAAGGGUUUCUAAAUCAACCAAUU